GUUCUGACGGGUCCAUGGCAGGUCUGGAUCACCGAGCGGGACGGAGGCUGCUGCAGGAAACCAACAGCAGCCUGGAGGAAGAGGAGGAGGAGUCUAAGAACUGCACGACUCCAGCUCUUCAUGAAUUUCCUUCAGAUCUUUUCACCAAUGAGGAGAGAACAGAGGGCGCCGUGGCGCUUCAUGUCCUGUGUACCGUCUACGUGUUCUGCUCUCUGGCUCUGGUCUGCGAUGAUUACUUCGUCCCGUCUCUGGAGAAGAUCUGUGAGCGCCUCCACCUCAGCGAGGACGUGGCCGGAGCAACGUUCAUGGCAGCCGGCAGCUCUGCACCUGAGCUUUUCACCUCUGUCAUCGGUGUGUUCAUCACCAAAGGUGACGUUGGAGUCGGGACCAUCGUCGGCUCGGCCGUCUUCAACAUCCUCUGCAUCAUUGGAGUCUGCGGCUUCUUCGCCGGACAGGCGGUGCAGCUGUCCCACUGGGCUCUCCUCAGAGAUUCUGUCUUCUACACUCUGUCCAUCACGGCRCUCAUCGUGUUCAUCUACGAUGAGGAGGUCUGCUGGUGGGAGUCUCUGGUCCUGAUCCUCAUGUAUGCCGUUUAUAUCCUCAUCAUGAAGUUGAACAGCCGAGCUCAGCGUUACUUCAGCCGACGACCAAAGAACUCAGUGAACCUGAGGGACGGGCUGACAGGAAGUACAGAGCUGGACGAUAACGUCUCAUGUGACGUCACCGUGGUCCUGCUGAAGAAAGCUGACCUCCACCGGACUCCGUCGGUGCUGAUGGUGGACGAGCUGCUGUCGGCGUACCCCCACCAGCUGACCUUCUCUGAGGCCGGCAUGAGGGUCAUGAUCACCAGUCACUUCUCCCCCAGAACCCGCCUCGCCAUGGCGUCCCGCCUGCUCAUCAACGAGAGACAGAGACUGAUCAACACCACAGAGACCCGGGUCAACUGCGUCCCCAAUGGAGACUCGGACUCUGUGGCCCGGGUGCAGGGCAGGCGGGGCUUGGAGAACGGGGUGGGCGGGGCKGAGCAGGUCCUGAAGGGGAUGAGAGGCCUGCAGAGGCUGGAGUCAGAAGACGAGACUGAAAACGAGAACAACGAGGAAGCCGAGGAGAAGACGGGACCUCUGCUGCCGUUCAAAGUUCCAGGAGGCGUCUGGAACAAAGUGAAGUGGUUGAUCAUGUGGCCUCUGUCUCUGCUGCUCUUCCUCACCGUUCCUAACUGCGCUGACCGGCGGUGGGAGCGGUGGUUCAUGGUCACCUUCUUCACAGCCACCGUCUGGAUCGCCGCUCUCUCCUACGUCAUGGUCUGGAUGGUGACGGUGAUCGGGUUCACGCUCGGCAUCCCUGAUGUCAUCAUGGGCAUCACCUUCCUGGCGGCGGGAACCAGCGUCCCGGACUGCAUGGCCAGUGUUAUUGUGUCCUCGGGGUCCAUCUGAACAAGUGGACUCUGGACCGCAGGCUGGGUCUGACCUGCCUCUUCUUGUACGCCGUCUUCCUCUGCUUCUCCGUCCUCAUYGAGUUUAACGUCUUCAUGUUCGUCAACCUGCCCACGUGUCGGGACAUCCACUGACCUUCCUCCUCCUCCUCUUCCUCACAGAGGAACCCUCACCUGGCUCCAGUGGGCGGCGUCWCGGCAGGAACUCCCACCUUUUCUUGGUUCUGGGAGCUCGGCUUGGUUUGAUGAAACGAAC